GCACGUACACAAAGAAAUUAGCGGUGACAGCGAACAGUACUGCAGGCUCAUGGCGAGAUGAGGAAGUAAUGCUGCUCAUGUCCGUCAGUUAUUCCGCGAAAGCGGUGUCGGCAACUCCCCAACUUCGAUCUCUUCGUCGCGCUCGACUAUAGUAAUGGCGGCGACGAUUAAUAGCCGAGCGGAAGCGGCGGUAGCAACAACAGCUAAUACCUACAAAAGCUGUCGUUGUGUCGUGACACAAUCACGACCACUAUUACGCACCAGUGCCGGCGACUGACCUGCCAAUGUUCACCGGGCAACGUUCGCGUAUUCUCGAGCCCGAAUUAGGUACGUGUCACAUCGUCAGUGGCAGCGACUCCAUUUUCAAGGUUUUAGGAAUGAGGGUGGCUCGGUGGCCUGCUGCCCUCCAUUUAUAUUUGGUCAUCUUAGUGGCCGUCGUCGACCGGUCGUGCGUCGGUGGUUCCGCGACAUGUCCACGGAACUGCAACUGCGACGAUGGGACUACGCGUCUUCAUUGCCAAGGUCGCGAUUACUCCGGCCUCGAACUCCAAUCGGAGCUCUUGGAACUCGCUUUGCACGAUGUCCCUGUGGCGGAGCUGUCAGGGGCAGUUCUCGGGAUCUGCACCCGCCUGCGUCACCUCACCUGGACGGCCAGUGGCAUCGAGCGUCUUCGACCACGCAGUUUCUUAGCGAACUCUCAGCUGGAGAGUCUCAAUUUAGGUGACAACCGGAUCAGCAAACUCCCCGCAGAGGCAUUCAUCGGCCUCACCGAACUCCGAUUGCUAAAUCUUUCCGGUAACGCCCUCACUAGCCUGCCUCGUGACCUACUCCAAAGUCUGGAGGCUCUUGAAAUGCUCUUUCUAACUGACAACAGUAUCAGUGUACUACAUUUCCAAGCAUUCGAAGCAGCACGACGACUCAUGCGCCUCGACCUCACCGGCAACUUACUCGUUUCUCUACCGGAUCACAGUUUCCGGCCAAAUCGGGCCCUACGUGAACUUACCCUCGCGUCCAAUCGCCUUACCAAAAUCCCUUCACAACUCUUUUCAGGCUUGACCGGACUACGCGUUCUCGAGCUCACUGAUAACGAGAUCGAUAUACUUCCUCGAGGUCUUUUUGCUGAGCUCUCAAAGCUUGAACGUCUCGAUCUUGGCGGUAAUCCUCUAAGUCGUGAUGGGCGGCCUAGUACUACCGCCCUCGCUGGUUUAUCCAGCCUUCAGUGGCUAAGUCUUAGCGGCUCAAGGAUCGACAGUCUGCCUCCGGGACUUUGGACGUCCACACCAGGGCUUAAGGUUCUCCGGCUAGCGGGCACGCGCCUCGAAAGUCUCGAAGAUGGUGAUUUCGCCCAUCUGCGCGAGCUUCAGAGUCUCGAACUUGGAAACGGACUACUACGUGAGAUUGGACCUCGAGUGUUCGAAGACACCCCAGCCCUUCGCCAAUUGAGCUUACGCGAUAACGAUCUGACUUUCCUACCAGCGAGCUUGGCACGGCUCAAACAUCUUGAUCAAUUACAACUACAGGGUAAUCCUUGGGCUUGCGACUGCCGCAUGUUUUGGUUCGUACGCUGGACUGAAAAGCAACUGCAUCGUGCGGCUUUUGACAGUGGUUUGCGCUGUGGGCACGAGGCAGCGUCCGUCGAUACUAUUCAGGCACUAAGGUACUUGAACUGUACACCCCCAAGUGUCAGUCGAGUUUCGCCAAUGGAAAAGUGGCGAAUACGAAGCGAAGCGCUUCUUGAUUGUGAAUUCAUGGGCAAUCCUCUACCAUCCGUUACUUGGCUUACCCCGGGUCAGCGCGUCUUUCAUUGGAAUCCCGAUCCCUCGUUCCCAGAUGCGUUCGCACGCCACGCCCGGACGCACGAGCUCGGAGAUUGGAAAAUCCACGAGCCUAACGAUGAUCGGAUUAAACUCCUUGAGAAUGGUUCGCUCUACAUUAGUCAGUUGCACCGCGAAGAUGUAGGUGUGUACGAGUGUUUCGCUGUAAAUCCAAUUGCCAACAUGACAGCUUAUGUAACAUUGCGCAUGGAUCCUGUCACCUAUCGCACCAUUAAACUCGUUAGCAUCGCUGUGGGCGCGGCUAGUGCGGCUGGCUUUCUUCUGCUCACCCUUUUCGUACAGCUAAUGCGCUAUCUAUUCGUCAGGUGUGGUUGUCAAAAGUGGUGUCUCUGCUGCCGACAUGUGGGUGUCACACCACGUGCUAAACAGAUAUAUCAAAUGCUGGACAACAUUGAAAAUUACAAAAGUCAGCAGCUCGAGCGACUUCGUGAAAAUUACACACAGCAAGUGCAUCGCAUUAAAUAUAAUUGUGCCCAACAAGUUGAAUGGAUAAGGGACAGUUAUGAGGGACAAAUGCGCCAUAUAAGGGACAUCCGGGAUUAUGGGACUAGUCACCUUACUACUUUGCGUGAUCAGUAUUAUGAUCAGGUGAAACGCGUAAGAGACUAUUCGACGAGUCAGCUGAAUUGGGUGCGCGAAAAUUACGUCUUCCAGCGCAAUAAAAUUCGCAAAUUUAGCGCCCAUCAGGUUCUCCGACUCCGCGAGUCCUAUAAGUAUCAGCAGCAGACUCUCAAUAAAGUUCUUGAGAAUUUACCUAGUUUAUAUCUCGACAAUUGCCGGAGUGGUUCUUGCGGGCGCUCGGAUUCGGCCGUUUUCGACCCCAAGGACCUCGUGGACGGUACGAGUACCAACAACGUGGAUACCUAUUUCAAAGCCAAAAUCGAUGACAUGGUAGCAGCUUACACUUCCAGUCUUGAUGAUAUUAACAGUGAGUACUACACACCGACCGAACUCUCUUCAAACAGUCCACGAGCAACUGGUGCUCCAAAUGCAUUUAUGCAUCUCGAAGGCGUCCAAGUGAUUAAUUAUAUCGACGACAGACCACCGCCACCGCGUCCGCUUAUUACCAUGGUGAGACCAGGCUGCUUGCAGAUGGGCCCGGCCUUCUUACAAAAGAUCGAUGAAUUCGGUAGCUCGUCAACGGUGGCAAGUACCUCCGAUCAACCAGUUUUUCGAGGUGUGAGCGCAGAGACCUUAGCAGGUGAUACACGAGGUACCCCGGAAAUUCUAGGUUUAUUGGUUCCUAGUGCAAGUCUACCUGAGCUACCACGUGAGACCAGUCUCUAAAGGAGUAAAGCAUUUCACGAAAAUUGCUUAAAUAGUUUGGUUUUUCUAUUUUCAAAUGUGUUUAACUCGUUUUUUAUAUGAUUAGUACCAAGCGUGGCUUGAAAGUGUGCAACAAGAACAGAUUUCAAGGAUAUCAUGUACCUGAGAUAAAGUGUAUAAAAAAAAGCAAAAUUAUCGAAUAUAUUGUGUGGCAAUGGUAAGGAUGAACAUCAUUACAGUGAUACGGUAUUUUUUUAUGCUAUGCUUUGGUUUUUUUUCAAUGGUAAUUGGGAUUGUGCAACACGAACAUUUAAUUUUGCAAUUUUUCUUAUUGAAUUGAGUUAUUUUCGUUGGCGAAUUAGCGCAUCAAUGAGAGAAUAAUGAAACCUACAUUAGGUGUCAAUUUUAAUCGAUUUCUACUAAAGCAGAUGUGGAAUGUUAAUGUUAUAUUAUAUGUCGGGUCUUAUA